AUUAAAUACCGGAGAGGGAUACCGGAGACCGAUGAUGAGGUUUUGAGGAUUUCCUGUCGGAUGCGGCAAACCGGCAUCAUUGUCCUGCAGAUAUUGUAACUGAGAGUUUGGUGGUUCUGGAAGGACUCUAUCUGUAAAUCAAAGCCAUGGGGAAGGAUUACUAUAAAAUCCUUGGCAUACCUUCAGACUCUAAUGAGGAUGAAAUCAAAAAGGCCUACAGGAGGAUGGCUCUAAAGUUUCAUCCAGACAAAAACAAGGAUCCCAAUGCUGAAGAGAAGUUUAAGCAGAUAGCAGAGGCUUAUGAGGUACUGAGUGACCCAAAGAAGAGAGUCAUCUAUGACCAGUACGGCGAGGAUGGCUUGAAAACAGGUUGCACAGGCUCAUCUAGUGGACAAGGGACUACAUAUCACUACACCUUCCAUGGGGAUCCACAUGCCACCUUUGCUUCUUUCUUUGGAGGCUCCAACCCCUUCGAUAUAUUCUUCGGUUCUGGACGCCAACGGGGAACCACCAAUGGCACUAGUGACCAUGUUGGCGAUCAUGACAUGGACAUUGACAUGGAUGGAGAUGAUGAUCCUUUCAGUUCCUUCAGCCACUUUGGCUUCAAUGGUAUCAAUGGUUUUCAUCACGGUGGAGGUCGAAGACAUCGUAACGAGCCCCUUCACAGCAGCCGAAGGAAAGUACAGGACCCUCCGGUGGUACAUGAGCUUAAAGUGUCUCUAGAGGAGAUCUUUCAUGGAUGUACCAAGCGGAUGCGAAUCACUCGGCGACGGCUAAACCCAGAUGGAAGGACAAUGAGGACAGAGGACAAGAUCCUUAACAUUGUUAUCAAGAGAGGCUGGAAGGAAGGGACCAAGAUCACCUUCCCCAAAGAGGGUGAUGAGACACCAGAGAACAUUCCUGCUGAUAUUGCAUUUGUACUAAAAGACAAAGGGCACCCACGCUUCAAGAGGGAUGGAUCUAACAUCAUUUACACAGCCAAGAUCGGUCUUAAGGAGUUGCUGUUUGGGAAACAUCAGCAUUAGCCAGAGUUGAGGAGAUGCCUGGCAACUUGUCAUGGUCAACUGUUUUGUGAGAGCAUCAGCUACUCCCUUCUUUCCAUGAAUCCCAUGGCUCCCAUCCCCCAGCCCACACCGCUGCUGUCUGUAGGAAGGAGCUGAUGUCAUGGCGAACACAUUUUCUCAUCCCUUGAGGCAGCUGCAAAGCAGAGCUGUUUGGCAAUAUUUGUGCUUGGUAUUCACAGAAAGUUUAAUAAAAAGCUUUUCCAGCAUAAGCUCACAUAAAAUAACUGUAGGCUCUUCACUGCACACAGCUAGGCUUUAAUCUUUAAGCCUCGAAUUGAUCUAUUUUGUCUUCCUGAUAUAUUCAUUAUCUGGAUAUUUUUUAAGGAAUAGUUUAGCCAAAAAUGAAAAUUCUGUCAUCAUUUACUCACCCUUAAAUGGUUACAAACCUGUAGGAUUUUCUUUCUUCUGUUGAACAUAAAUAAAGGUAUUUUAAAGAAUGUGAGUAACCAAACUGAUCAGGAUGGUUCAGGUGUCCACAUGGUCGCUGACCCCCAUUGACUUCCAUAAUAUGGAAAAAAUACUAUGAAAGUCAAUGAGGACCAGAAACUGUUUAGUUACCAAUAUAAGAAGUAUAAAGUUAUAUGAAGUUCCAGAAGUAAUUAUAGGAGGAUCUAAUCAUAUCAAUUUCAUUUCAGGGAUUUAUAAGUGGCUGCUUUCCUUACUCCAGUGACAAUUACUCUAGCACAACCUGU